AUGGCGCCCCUCUUGCCGACCUCCGUUGGGGGUAUGUCGUUUGACGAGGGCGCGCUGCCCCAGCGCGGCGUGCCAAUCAUGCUGAGGAGGUUGACAAAGUUCAAGUCCAUGGACUUUGAACUCGCGUUCUGGCAACUGACAUAUCUCGUCGUUGCACCAAGGAGAGUGUACAAGCAAACUUAUCACCACAAGCAGACAAAGAAUGUCUGGGCUCGCGACGACCCUGCCAUGCUCAUCCUCAUCGCAGGAUGUCUCGCUGUUGCGGCAGCGGUGUGGGGCUAUGUGCACGACUAUACAUGGCUUGGAAUGCUUGGGCUUGUCCUCAAGAUGGUGUUCCGUGACUUCAUCCUCUUCUCCCUGGGCAUUGCCCUCCUCUUCUGGGCAACCGCCAACAGGUUGUUGGUGUCGACGACCGGAGUGUCCGCUAUUACCGACAACCGUGUCGAGUUUGCGUACGCGUUUGACGUCGCCGUCAACUCGUUCUUCCCCGCCUUCCUGACCACCUACGUUGCAUUGUUGCCUUUGGCGGCACUUGUGGUGCGGAACAACUGGAUCUGCCUGCUGCUCGGAAACACCCUCUUCCUCAUCGCCGGCUUCCAGUACAUCUACGUCACGUACCUUGGCUACGCGGCUCUGCCGUUUGUGGCCCGCAGCGAGCUGUUCCUUGCCCCCCUCUUGCCUCUCUUUGGUGGCUACCUUCUGAGCCUGUUGGGCUUCAACAUUGCGCGCACAACCCUGGAGCUGUACUUUGGCCAGUCGUGGCAUUAG